AUGAAUAAACAUAAAGCAACGAACGACCAUGUGAGAACAAACACCAAGAGCUGCCCUCAUGAUAAUGGUGAUGCAACUGACAGACGGAGUAGGAACACCAAGAAUGAGCAGCCACACCAACCAGACAAGUCAAACAAUGCAAGGAGAAUAAACUCUGCACACGCUGUUAUGCAUACUUCCACACCUGUUAGUAUGAACAACCCUCAGAGUGAAAAAGGAGAUAACCCAACUAAGAGGGCAAACAUUAUUAGCGUGCAGAGACAGCUACACAAUAUUUUUUCUAAGAGCGAAAAUGAGAAGCGAGACGUCAGGCGUGGCCUAGUGCGGACCGGAGAUUAUUACCCUCAGGGGAACAACACCACGCAGGUACAUUGUACAGACACGUGUGAGGGAAAAUUCAGGGCGGAAAAUCGCCUGCACUGUUCAGGCAGAAAAACAGACCAAUCCUCAACCAUUCGUACACAGUUGACACAAAAGAGGGAUGUCCUCGUGAGGUCCAAGAGGACCAACAAUAACAGCUGGGACUCUGCCUGCAAGAGGAAAGUCGAUUGGGAUGACGCAGUAGAAAAUAAAAAACGCAAACCACCUCAUUCGUACGACAAGAGUGGUCACUCUGCUAGCAGCGCCAUUUCUUGUACCAGCGUGGGGGACGGAAAGGCGCAAAGCAGAGGUCAAGACGAGGAGCACGUACGUAGAAGCGCCACUGGUGAUGAUACCCAUGCUGCGUAUGUUGACUCUGUUGGCAGGAGCAUGGGGAUAUGUGAACUCAGGAGAAGAGGCGAACUCGGUGGAGGAGACCCCGGAAUUAGGCCAUGUGGUGAGGGGCAUGAAAAAAUGAAGCCAUGUGUAAGAGGCGAGACAUCUGAAGGAACAAGCCAGGCAAUGGAUGAGACGCGAGGCGAGUCCUCUCCUUUUGCAUUAACACCAAGUGAUAAGCUAGAAGAUGUGCCUCUAAACGGAGGAAGCAGAAGAGAGAAGCACCAUGUGAAGGUCCACAUGAAGACAAAGGAACAUUCCACACCUGCUUCGAACAUCCCAGUGGUGAGCGAUGAUGGGGACAGCACCGUUGAGGUAAUUCAAAAGGGGGGUCCGCCAAGGAGGGAGGAGAUUGCUGGACCCAUAAAAUGCCAUGAACAAUGCGUGAGGCAGGAGAAAAAUGUAUGCACAGUGCAGGCAGAUCAACAGGAGGUUCCUCUACAUAAGGACACAUAUAUCGGUGCGACAAGGAAGGGUAGCGUGAAGGACAAAUGUAUGCACUCCACGGAUGUCUCUUCUUUCCUUUUUCAGAGGGGAGGGCUGCAUAAGGAGAGGAAAGAUGAGAUAGCUGUGGAGGUGGUCAGCAGGUGGAAGCCCCAUUCCUCCAAGCACGACAAGUGGGAUGAUACCGACAACGCAUUACCUGUACAUGCACAAAUGGAGAAAGGAAAGAAAAAAGGUCUUCAUGGUACCUACCUGUUUACACAAAUUAAAAAGGCGUAUGAGGAGAGGGUGUCCGUUGGUCUUCAAACAAAUCGUCCCACGAAGAAAACACCUGAACAUGAGGAGAAGAAAAAUGUGUUAUCACAUGGGUGCAAGCAGCGGGGGGGAGAACUGUGUACGCAUAAUUUUUCGCAUGAUGAUCAGGUAGAGAAGGAGUUAAGAAGGACACACACAAGUGGUGAAUCGGUGAAGGAUACAUUUUUGCAUGAACACAUGAUUAAGACCCGCGUUGCUGUUCAUGAAGGCGACGCACCACCUGCCAGUGAUGUGACCGUAGUUGGGCCUUCCUCAAAAACUCAGAGGGAGGAAGCAGCACCCCCGCCUAACAGACGCUUCGCCGCGCACACACGCUCCUCAAACAGUAAAAGUAUAAAAACGAUCAAGGGGGGGUUUACAGAGGGACAAAAGAAAGGGACGUCAGCUAGCCAAAAGGCGAGUGUAGUUCCAAGAGGAAUCGCUACACAGUUAACAAAAACGAAUAACAAAGGAAUUGUACAACAUGAAAGUGAAAGGAAAAAUAUCAUUUUUUCAUCUGGUAAGGGGGACAAAGACAAGUCAAGGGCGACCUUCACUCGGGUCGUCAGCAGAAGGGAAGACGGAGCGGAUGCACCUGGUGGAGCGGACACGGUGGAGACCCCAUGCUCUAACCUCCUUACCCCAACAGCUUGGCCAAAAAAGGAAAAAGAAAAAUCACAUAAAAUACCCCCAAUGAAAAAGACUUAUGGACCGUUCAGGUCAAAUAGAGGGGUGGGACCUUUUGUAAUGGGCAGGAUGAACAGUCACCCAGGGGGACCCCACGGAAAAGAGAGAGGCAAGGAACACCCCAACGAGGAGGAGGAGGCGACUAACCCAAUGAGUGAGAUGACCAACACAAAUCUGGUCAUGGGGGACGGGGAGAGGAUCAAAAGACACAAUGGACUCGGUGGCAAUAAGGGUAGUAACAGUCGUAACGAACCGCCAUCUCGAGGACUCCAAGCAAAAACCACUGACCCUGCCACGAAGAGAAACCCGCCCCAGCAACACAGUAGCAUCAGUAGCAGCAACUACAACCACAACAACAACACCGGCUACAGUAGUAGAUCGGCGAAAACGCCCAGGGCCUUGCCAAGCAGCACCAGCAACAGUUCCUUUAGGGUUUCUAAAGUGUGUCCAAGCGAAAGGGGGAACAAAACCAUCACACACCUGUACAUACAGGGUAGUAGAAACGUUCGGGCCAAGGAAGAAGGUAAAGGGGGAACCACCAAACGGAACAAUGAAAGUCAACACAGCAGCAGCAGCACAGCUUCAACGAGAAUGCGGUCGGCAAAUGUGGCUGGUAGUAACGUCCAACUGUGUAGGAAGAGACCACUGGUGCCCAUCUCCAAAUGUAGAGGCAACACUCAUGGGAAGAGCGCAAAUCAAACAGAUGCAACAAAAACGGGUUCUAGUUAUAUCGUAGCAUCGAGGCGAAACGUACAGGAGACAUGUGUUCAGGAUGAAUCCCCCAGAUGCAACCUCACCCAUUUGAGCAACUCGAAAAAAGCCAUUAAGAACAGCCACCUGCAUUACAAAGAUCCUAUAAGUGAAGAAAUGGAAAAACACAAGAGGGAUCAAAAAAAAAAAAAAAAUGUAAAAAGCAAUUCAAUUCCUGCUGGUAAUGUAAACAAGGGGAGAAAGAGCAGCAAUUCAAAAAAUAUUUUUUUGGGUGCACAGGAUAAAUGUGGUGGGGAGGGACAAUAUGGGGCCGGUACAUGUAGGAAGCGCAGCGAUAGCUAUGACGAGAGGGGAAAACAACACCCCAAGGGGGGUGGAAGUAGCUCUGGUAAAGUUGGACCUAGUCACGACGAUGAGGGAAGAGAGAGCUGCUUCGCAAAGGAGACACUAAGUGAUAAUGCGUGCAGGAAUGAAUCCAGUAGCUCUGCCAGCCAACGAGAAAGGAAGGAGGUGUCCUAUUUUGAAUGGUUAGCAAGGGAGAAGAAAAAGAAGGAGGAGGGUGUAGGCACAGGGGAAGGAGCAGUUAUAGGUGAUGGUGCAUCUGCACAAGGAGGGUCAGCAGAGACAGAAGCCACUGCCUGCGAGGUGAGCGAGAAAAAUUUACUAAGUGACGUACUGUACGAAGAACAAUACCAUUUGAUGCUACAACCACUGAGCGCCUUCAACCUUAAGCAAAACGAAAGGAAUUUCGAGCAAGAAGAUUUUAUUGUAGAUAAGAACCCCAUAGGAAAUGGAAGAACAGGAUUGGUUUUUAAAGCCAUAAUCAAAAAAGAAAACGAGGAUGUAGCAUUGAAGGUGAUGGCAAAGGACACCAUCGCCUCAUUGAAUAUCGAGCGACAAGUCCUUAAGGAAAUAAUAAUUCAGGCCAGCUUAAAUCAUAUAAACAUUUUGCAGUUAAUAGCAUAUUUUGAAGAUAGAACCCGUUUGUUUUUGAUUCUGGAGCUAGCCAAUGGCGGAUCGAUAAGAAACAAAAUGAAAGCAGAUGCACAACCACUGCUCGAAGAACAAGUAGCCUUAUACGUGUACCAGAUAGCAGACGCCCUGGCAUACCUACACAAAUUUAAUAUAAUUCACAGGGAUCUGAAGCCUGACAAUAUAUUGUUACAUCACUCAGAUGUUCAUAAAGGAAAUCACAUUUACAAAUACGGGGUGGUAAAAAUUGCUGACUUUGGAUUCUCAUGCCAGAUGAAAAAUAAAAGACAGAAGAGGAGCACCUUUUGUGGGACCGUCGAUUAUAUGCCUCCGGAGAUCAUCAACCAGAUUCCCUACGACUGCAACGUUGAUUUGUGGUGCCUCGGCAUUGUCAUCUUUGAGCUCCUCGUCGGCUUCCCGCCCUUCACGGACGACACCCAGGUGGGGGAGAGCGGCAAAUCCGUGCAUUACUGA